AUGGAACUGGAUCUGGUUGUCAGAUCGGCGAUAGCCUUCAUACUGAGGUCAGCCACACAGCCAACCAGUCAGCCACAGAGCCAACCAGUCAGCCACAGAGCCAACCAGUCAGCUACACAGCCAACCAGUCAGCUACACAGCCAACCAGUCAGCCACAGAGCCAACCAGUCAGCUACACAGCCAACCAGUCAGCCACAGAGCCAACCAGUCAGCUACACAGCCAACCAGUCAGCCACAGAGCCAACCAGUCAGCUACACAGCCAACCAGUCAGCCACAGAGCCAACCAGUCAGCUACACAGCCAACCAGUCAGCCACAGAGCCAACCAGUCAGCUACACAGCCAACCAGUCAGCCACAGAGCCAACCAGUCAGCUACACAGCCAACCAGUCAGCCACAGAGCCAACCAGUCAGCCACAGAGCCAACCAGUCAGCCACAGAGCCAACCAGUCAGCCACAGAGCCAACCAGUCAGCUACACAGCCAACCAGUCAGCUACACAGCCAACCAGUCAGCCACAGAGCCAACCAGUCAGCCACACAGCCAACCAGUCAGACACAGAACCAACCAGUCAGACACACAGCCAACCAGUCAGCCACACAGCCAACCAGUCAGCCACAGAGCCAACCAGUCAGACACAGAACCAAAAACUCAGCCACUCAGCCUAAAAGUGAGACACAGAGCCAACCAGUCAGCCACAGAGCCAACCAGUCAGCCACAGAGCCAACCAGUCAGCCACAGAGCCAACCAGUCAGCCACAGAGCCAUCCAAUCAGCCACAGAGCCAACCAGUCAGACACACAGCCAACCAGUCAGCCACAAAGCCAACCAGUCAGACACAAAGCCAACCAGUGAGCCACACAGCCAACCAGUCAGACACAGAGCCAACCGGUUAGCCACACAAUCAACCAGUCAGCCACAGAGCCAACCAGUCAGCCACAGAGCCAACCAGUCAGACACAGAGCCAAAAACUCAGCCACUCAGCCAACCAGUCAGACGCACAGCCAAACAGUCAGACGCAGAGCCAACCAGUCAGCCACACAGCCAACCAGUCAGCCACCCACCCAUCCAGUCAGCCACACAGCCAACCAGUCAGUCAGUUACACAGUGA